AUGGCUCGCCUCUGCCUGCUACUGCUGCUGCUCCUGGGCCGCUGGCUGGCGCUCGGCGGCGCCUUCAAUCUGGACGUGGACGGCCCGGCUGUUUACUCCGGCUCGGAGGGGAGUUACUUCGGCUUCGCUGUGGAUUUCUUUGCCCCAGACUCCUCCUCGAUAUUUCUUCUGGUGGGUGCUCCAAAAGCGAACACUACACAACCUGACAUUGUAGAAGGAGGCCAGGUGCUCAAGUGUAACUGGAAUUCCAACAAAAACUGCCAGCCUGUUAUAUUUGAUUCCACAGGGGAUAGAAAUUUUGCACCUAAUGAUCCACUGGAGUUUAAGUCUCAUCAGUGGUUUGGAGCAUCUGUGAGGUCUAAAAAUGAUAAAAUUCUGGCCUGUGCCCCCUUGUAUCAUUGGAGAACUGAAGUGAAACAGGAGAGAGAGCCUGUAGGAACUUGUUACCUUCAUGAUGGAUCUAAGGCUGUUGAAUAUGCUCCCUGCAGAUCUACAAUUAUUGAUGCUGAUGGACAGGGAUUUUGUCAAGGAGGCUUUAGCAUUGAUUUUACAAAGGGAGACCGGGUACUUCUUGGAGGACCUGGAAGCUUCUACUGGCAAGGUCAACUCAUUUCUGAUCGGGUGGCAGAAAUUGUGGAUAAAUACAAUUCCAAAGUCUACAGUAUAAAGUAUGAUGACCAGUUAGCAACACGGUCCGCUAGUGCUGCUUUUGAUGACAGCUACUUGGGUUAUUCGGUGGCUGUUGGAGAGUUCAGUGGUGAUGGCAUAGAAGACUUUGUAUCUGGGGUUCCAAGAGCAGCAAGAACACUGGGCAUGGUGUCUAUUUACAAUGGGAAAAAUAUGUCAUCCUUGUACAAUUUUACUGGAGAACAGAUGGCUGCCUAUUUUGGAUAUUCUGUAGCUGCCACUGAUAUUAAUGGGGAUAAUUACACAGAUUUGUUUAUUGGAGCCCCCCUUUUUAUGGAGCGUGGUUCUGAUGGCAAGCUUCAAGAGGUGGGUCAGGUCUCCAUAUGCCUUCAACAAGCUUCUGGAGGUUUUCAGAUCGUAAAGCUGAAUGGGUUUGAGAUCUUUGCGAGAUUCAGCAGUUCUAUUGCACCUCUGGGGGACCUGGACCAGGAUGGCUUCAAUGAUAUUGCAGUUGCUGCACCCUAUGGUGGAGAGGACAAAAGAGGGGUUGUUUACAUCUACAAUGGAAGAGCGACAGGUUUGAAUGCAGUGCCAUCUCAGAUUCUUGAAGGACAGUGGGCCGCCCGUACCAUGCCACCAAGUUUUGGGUACUCACUGAAAGGAGCCACUGAUGUGGACAAAAAUGGAUAUCCAGAUUUGAUUGUCGGAGCCUUUGGUGUUGACACAGCUGUUUUGUACAGGGCUAGACCAGUUAUCAGUGUAAACGCCGGCUUAGAAGUUAACCCGACAAUUCUAAAUCCUGAGGAAAAAAUCUGUGAACUGCCAGAUACUGGUGUGAAAGUUUCCUGCUUUAAAGUAAAGUUCUGCUUAACAGCUGAUGGCAAAGGAAAGCUCCCCAAUAAACUCACCUUCCAAGUGGAGCUGCUGUUGGAUAAGCUUAAGCAAAAAGGAGCCUUAAGGAGAGCUCUGUUUCUCCACAACAAACAGCCUGGUCACUCGAAGAAUAUGACUGUUGUCAAAGGGGGCACAAUGCGUUGUGAAGAACUUCAGGCUUUUUUGAGGGAUGAAUCUGAGUUUAGAGACAAACUUACUCCGAUCACCGUUUUUAUGGAAUAUCGGUUGGAUUACAAAACAGCCAAAGACUCAGCUGGAUUACAGCCCAUCCUCAACCAGUUCACUCCUGCUAAUAUUAGCAGACAGACACAUAUUCUGCUGGACUGUGGUGAAGAUAAUAUCUGCAAACCAAAAUUGCAGGUUGCAGUACGCAGUGAUCAGAAGCAGAUCUAUAUUGGUGAUGACAAUCCUUUAACCCUGCUUGUCGAUGCCCAGAACCAAGGGGAAGGAGCCUAUGAAGCUGAACUCUUUGUUACCAUUCCACCUCAAGCAGACUUCAUUGGUGUUGUUCGUAACAGUGAGGCUUUAGCACGUCUAUCAUGUGCAUUUAAAACUGAGAAUCAAACUCGCCUGGUGGUCUGUGACCUUGGAAAUCCCAUGAAGGCUGGGACUAAACUAUUAGCUGGGCUGCGUUUCAGUGUGAAUCAGCAGUCAGAGAUGGACACCUCCGUGAAGUUUAACUUACAGAUCAGAAGCUCCAAUCUAUUUGACAGUGUAAGCCCAAUAACAUCUUAUCAGGCUGACCUUGCCAUCUUAGCAUCUGUUGAAAUUAGAGGUGUCUCUUCUCCUGAUCACAUCUUCCUCCCCAUUGCAAACUGGCAACCCCAGGAGAAUCCAGAGACAGAAGAAGACAUAGGACCUCUAGUUCAGCACAUAUAUGAGCUGAGAAACAAUGGUCCAAGUGCCUUCAGCAAGGUGAUGCUAAAUCUUCAAUGGCCUUACAAAUACAACAACAACACCCUGUUGUAUAUUAUGCAAUAUGAAAUUGAUGGACCCAUGAACUGCACUUCAGAUAUGGAGAUCAACCCAUUGAAAAUUAAGAUUUCAGUCCCUAAAGCAGAUGAGAAGAAUGAAACCCUUAGGGAUGAAGAUAAUCGUGAUCACCAUAUAAAUCGAAGAGAUAUAACUGCCAUUGAAGGCGAUGUACAUACUUUGGGCUGUGGAACUGCUGAAUGUUUAAAAAUAGUCUGCCAAGUUGGCCGCUUGGAGAGGGGAAAGAGUGCAAUAUUGUAUGUAAAAUCCCGCCUUUGGACCCAGACCUUUAUGAACAAAGAAAACCAGAAUCAUUCGUACUCACUCAAGUCAUCAGCCUCAUUCAAUGUUAUAGAGUUCCCUUACAAGAACCUUUCAUUUCAAGAUAUCCACAAUUCUACAGUAGUUACCACAAAUAUCACCUGGGGCAUUCAACCACAGCCCAUGCCAGUGCCAGUGUGGGUUAUAAUUUUGGCUGUCCUAGCAGGAUUAUUGCUCCUGGCUGUUCUAGUCUUUGUAAUGUACAGGAUGGGGUUCUUCAAACGUGUGCGACCUCCUCAGGAAGAACAAGAAAGAGAACAGCUGCAACCCCAUGAAAAUGGCGAAGGGACGUCAGAAGCUUAA